CGCUGAGCAACAUAUUCAUAAAUAAAAGAAACGUUGUCUACAGAAAAAAAUAGACGUUUCAGUCGUCGGCGGGAAUUGAAAUUAUGAAAUAAUCGUUUCGCGGUUGUGCUAGAGACACCCAGCAAUUCUUCAGAUAUCCAAAAACUAUAUAGCAAAUAUAUAUUGAGACAUGGCUACCGAAACUACAAAGAUGAUCCUAAGGCCACCGCUGGACAUCAAAAUGGAAGUUGAAAUUGGUGAACCACCGCAACCGCCGGUAAAGUGUUCCAACUUCUUUGCCAAUCAUUGGAAAGGCCUGGUGGUCUUCCUAGUGCCCCUGCUAUGCCUGCCCGUCAUGCUCCUGAACAACACUCCCGAAUAUCGUUGCAUGUACCUGCUGUUGGUAAUGGCCGUGUUUUGGGUCACAGAAGCCUUGCCUCUAUAUGUGACCUCCAUGAUACCAAUUGUGGCAUUCCCUGUAAUGGGAAUAAUGAGCUCAAAUCAAACCUGCCAGCUGUACUUCAAGGACACCCUGGUCAUGUUCAUGGGUGGCAUUAUGGUGGCCCUUGCCGUGGAAUACUGUAAUCUGCACAAGCGUCUUGCCUUGCGUGUAAUCCAGAUCGUGGGCUGCAGUCCCCGAAGAUUACACUUUGGCCUGAUUAUGGUCACCAUGUUCCUUUCCAUGUGGAUCUCGAAUGCCGCCUGCACGGCCAUGAUGUGUCCCAUUAUCCAAGCUGUGCUCGAGGAGCUGCAGGCUCAGGGUGUGUGCAAGAUUAACCAUGAACCCGAGUACCAAAUUGUUGGCAACAACAAGAAGAACAAUGAGGAUGAGCCACCAUAUCCCACAAAGAUCACGCUUUGCUAUUAUUUGGGUAUCGCCUAUGCCUCGUCUUUGGGCGGCUGUGGAACCAUUAUUGGAACUGCCACCAAUUUAACUUUCAAGGGUAUCUACGAUGCUCGCUUUGCCAACUCCACCGAACAGAUGGAUUUCCCCACAUUCAUGUUCUACUCGGUGCCCUCGAUGCUGGUAUAUACAGUGCUGACCUUCCUGUUCCUGCAAUGGCACUUUAUGGGUCUGUGGCGUCCCAACAGCAAGGAGGCCCAAGAAGUGCAGCGUGGCAAGGAGGGUGCCCAUGUGGCUAAGAAGGUUAUCGAUCAGCGUUACAAGGAGCUGGGACCCAUGUCCAUUCACGAGAUCCAAGUGAUGAUCCUGUUCAUCUUUAUGGAUAUGUACUUUACCCGCAAGCCAGGCAUCUUUUUGGGCUGGGCCGAUUGGCUUAAUACAAGUGAGGAUAUUCGCAACUCAAUGCCCACCAUUUUCGUUGUCAUCAUGUGCUUCGUUCUGCCCGCCAACUAUGCUUUCCUGCGUUAUUGCUCCCGUCGCGGUGGCCUGCCCACGGGACCCACUCCCUCGCUUAUUACCUGGAAGUUCAUUCAGACGAAAGUGCCAUGGGGUCUGGUAUUCCUGCUCGGCGGUGGCUUCGCUCUGGCCGAAGGCAGCAAGGUGAGUGGUAUGGCCACGUUGAUUGGCAAUGCCUUGAUUGGCUUGAAAGUCCUGCCCAAUGCUGUCCUCCUGCUGGUGGUCAUUUUGGUGGCUGUUUUCCUAACGGCCUUCAGCUCCAAUGUGGCCAUUGCCAACAUUAUUGUGCCCGUGCUGGCGGAAAUGGCCCUGGCCAUUGAGAUUCAUCCACUGUACCUGAUCCUGCCCGCCGGCCUGGCCUGCAGCAUGGCCUUCCACUUGCCCGUGAGCACACCGCCCAACGCUUUGGUUGCCGGCUAUGCCAACAUUAGGACCAAGGAUAUGGCCAUUGCCGGUAUUGGACCGACUAUUAUUACAAUUGUCGUCCUGUUUGUGUUCUGUCAGACCUGGGGCCUGGUCGUGUAUCCCAACCUUAACUCGUUCCCCGAAUGGGCGCAAGUGUAUGCUCAUGAAGCUCUGAUGAAGGCGAAUCGGACGAUUUAGAGUAGUUAGGAAAUCCUUUAGGGUAAAAUCAAUCACAACAGACAGCAAUGGAAAUCAAUAUUGAAUAUGUUAGGGAACACUGUACAAGAUGAAGUGCCUUUUGUGUGGAACCAUGUUUUACUAUAUAAUAUGAAGAGAUGCAUUUGCGGAAAACAUUUUUAUAUACAACAUUAAUUAUUGUGUAGCGAAAUACUUUCAAAAAAAAUCGAGCAUAGCUAAGCAAUUAAACCACAAUUAAUGUUACUUAAGCGUUGCAUUUAGCAUAAUGAAUAUUAAUGAGAAAACACGGGGUAAAUAUCUUUCAAUUAUAUUUUUAAUAACUAGACUGAGAGAACGUACACAUAUUCGUGAAUGAAAAUUGAAAUAAACAACUUACUCAACUUAUUUGCGAUUGCGAAACGAGAGCACACACACAAAAUAGCCUUUAGUGUAAGCUUAAAUGAUACUGUGUACAUUUGCAAAUGAUUUAUGUUUUAUAUAGUUU